AUGCGUGGCUCCAACGGUAUUGCCCUACUGGCUUCACUCACUAGCGUGGUGCUUGGCCAAAGCGCAAUCCAGGCCGAUGGCACCAACUUCACCUUGACUGGUGAUGGCGUCUCCUACCUGUUCCACGUCGAUCACGAAUCUGGUGAUCUCGUUUCCGACCACUUUGGAGGGCCCACGACCGAUUUCGUCCCCGCCGCACCAAUCAGCACCCAAGGUUGGCACGAUGGACUGGCCAAUGUUCGGAGAGAGUUCCCAGAUGUGGGCCGAAGUGAUCUUCGUUUGCCGGCCAUUCACAUCAGGCACAGCGACUCCAGUACCGUGUCGGCAUUUGCCUACCAGUCUCACGAAGUGAUGGACGGCAAGCCACCACUUCCAGGUCUUCCGGCAACGUUUGGCAAUGCCGAAGAUGUCUCGACUGUGAAAGUGACAAUGUACGACAAUUACUCGGAUGUUACUGCGGUGCUCUCCUACUCCAUCUUCCCCCGCUACAAUGCUAUUGCAAGAAGCUUCCAGAUCAUGAACAAUGGGUCGAACGACAUUGUCAUCGAACGUGCGGCAUCGUUUAGCACUGACAUGCCCAAUCUUGAUUUGGACAUGAUUGAAUUGCAGGGAGACUGGUCGCAUGAGAUGAACAAGGUCAUCCGCAAAGUCCAAUACGGCGAGACUGGCUUCCGCAGUACAGAGGGAUAUUCUUCGCAUACUCACAACCCUUUCUUCGCUCUCAUGGAACCGACCACGACCGAGACAUCCGGAGAGGUAUGGGGCUUCAACCUGGUCUAUACCGGAAGUUUCGCCGCAACGGUAGAGCGCUUCUCACACGGUUACGUCCGUGUUCUUCUCGGCCUCAACGAAAUUCACAGCAGCUUGACUGUCGCGCCCGGUGAGACGUUCACAUCGCCCGAAGCCGUUGCCGUCUACUCUUCGCAGGGUCUGGGUGGAAUGAGCAGGAGCUUUCACAGCCUGUACCGCCACCACUUGUCCCGGUCGAACUACACGCUCCAGACUCGACCCGUUUUGCUGAAUUCAUGGGAGGGCUUGGGCUUCAACUAUACCGCCUCGUCGUUAGAACGACUUGCAGGUGAAGCAGACGCUCUGGGAAUCAAGCUCUUUGUGAAUGAUGAUGGAUGGUUCGGAACCGAGUAUCCGCGCAACAAUGACACUCUAGGUCUAGGUGACUGGACACCCAAUCCCGCAAAGUUCCCUGAAGGUCUGGGUCCAUACGUCGCAGCAGUGAACAAUGUGUCGACGACAGGUCCCGACCCAGAGCCGUUGAAGUUUGGUCUCUGGCUCGAGCCGGAGAUGGUCAAUCCCAACUCGACUCUCUACCACGAGCACCCCGAAUGGGUCAUGAAAUCCGGCCAACACGCCCAAACGCUCACGCGAAACCAACUGGUCCUCAACCUCGCCCUCCCCGAAGUCCAAGACUACAUCAUCCAAUUCGUCUCUGAAAUUCUCGACUCCGCCAACAUCGAAUACAUCAAAUGGGACAACAACCGCGCGAUCCACGAAAUGCCCCGCCCAUCCACCUCACACUCCUACAUCCUCGGCCUCUACCACAUCAUCGACAUCCUCACCACCAAAUACCCCCGCAUCCUCUGGGAAGGCUGCGCCUCCGGCGGCGGCAGAUUCGACGCCGGACUCCUACACUACUGGCCACAAUCCUGGACAUCCGACAACACAGACGGUUCGAAUCGCCUCACCAUCCAAUUAGGAACAUCUCUCGCCUACCCGCCUUCCGCAAUGGGUUGCCACGUCUCCAAAGUCCCCAACGGACUCACUGGAAGAAACAUUUCCAUCGAAUAUCGCUCUCAUGUCGCUCUCAUGUGUGGUUCUUUCGGGUUUGAACUCAACCCUUCCGAACUCUCUCCGGAAGAAAUCUCCGCCAUCCCAGAAAUCAUGGCCCUCGCAGCUCGCAUCAACCCCAUCGUCAUCAACGGUGAUUUCUACCGUUUACGAACCCCCUCCCCUUCCUCCUCCUAUUCCCCCUCAUCAUCAACAUCCGACAACUGGCCCGCGGUCCAAUUCCUCUCGGCGAACAAAACCACCGCGAUUGUGUUCGCAUUUCAACAAUCCGCCAUGAUUAAACCUGCACCGCCUCCGUUGAAAUUGCAGGGGUUGGAGGCGGAAGCGAGGUAUUGGAAUAGUGCGGAUAAUGGGACGUAUUGGGGGAAAAGUUAUAUGUCUGCGGGGUUGAAUUUGGAUUGGGAGACGAGGGAUUAUCAGAGUGUGGUUUUGUGGUUGUAUAAGGUGUAA